UCCCCCUCCCGCCGGGCCGGGCGGGGCGGGCUCCGGAGCCGAGAUGUCUCAGGAGCGGCCAAAGUUCUACCGGCAGGAGCUGAACAAGACGGUGUGGGAGGUGCCCGAGCGCUACCAGAACCUCUCCCCGGUCGGCUCCGGGGCCUACGGCUCCGUCUGUUCUGCCUUUGACACAAAAACUGGGUUGCGUGUGGCGGUAAAGAAGCUGUCCCGACCAUUUCAGUCUAUCAUCCAUGCCAAAAGGACCUACCGAGAGCUACGGCUGCUUAAGCAUAUGAAACACGAAAACGUGAUUGGCUUGUUGGAUGUGUUCACCCCUGCCAAGUCACUAGAAGAAUUCAAUGAUGUGUACUUGGUGACACACCUUAUGGGAGCAGAUCUGAACAACAUUGUGAAAUGCCAGAAACUCACCGAUGACCAUGUUCAGUUCCUCAUAUACCAAAUUCUUCGGGGACUGAAGUACAUCCAUUCAGCUGACAUAAUACACAGGGAUUUAAAACCUAGUAACCUGGCGGUAAAUGAAGACUGCGAGCUAAAGAUCCUGGAUUUUGGCUUGGCCCGACACACAGAUGAUGAGAUGACCGGGUAUGUGGCUACCCGGUGGUACAGGGCUCCUGAGAUCAUGCUGAACUGGAUGCAUUACAACCAGACAGUUGAUAUUUGGUCAGUGGGAUGCAUUAUGGCUGAACUGUUGACUGGAAGAACGUUGUUCCCUGGUACAGACCAUAUUAACCAGCUUCAGCAGAUCAUGCGUCUGACGGGAACACCCCCUGCAUAUCUCAUUAACAGGAUGCCCAGCCAUGAGGCAAGAAACUACAUUCAGUCUUUGUCUUACAUGCCGAAAAUGAAUUUUGAAAAUGUGUUUAUUGGUGCCAAUCCACUAGCUGUGGACUUGCUAGAGAAGAUGUUGGUACUGGAUACAGACAAACGAAUUACUGCAGCAGAAGCGUUGGCUCAUGCCUACUUUGCUCAGUAUCAUGACCCAGACGAUGAACCAGUGGCAGACCCCUAUGACCAGUCUUUUGAAAGCAGAGAACUUGAGAUUGAAGAAUGGAAAAGCCUGACUUACGAUGAAGUAAUCAGCUUUGUGCCACCACCGCUUGACCAAGAGGAGAUGGAGUCCUGAGAAACUGCUCUCUUCUGUUUGUCCCACUUCACUGUGAGGGGAAGGCCUUUUCCUGGGGACUCUCCAAUUAUCAUUCAAGUGCCUCGUCACAACAAUAUUCUCCUUGGUGGAGGG